AUGGCGUCCAGCUCUAAGCUGAGCCAUGCCGCCUCGGUACCCGAUACCGGCGCGCCGGCGCUGCCUCCCGACGCGCUGUUCGAGGUCCUGCUGCGCCUCCCGGCCAAGGAUCUCUGUCGCCUCCGCGCCGUCUGCCUGUCCUGGCACGCCCUCACCUCCGACCCUCACUUCGCCGCGGAGCACAAGUCCCGCCACACGGAGCCCCUCUUCGCCCUCACCUUUAGGGACGGUGAUAUCAGGGGCGUCGCCAUCGUGAGCCUGUCGGGGCAGAUUCUCAGGCGGAUACGCAUUGCCUCCGAUCGCAUCGAGUUGCUGCUCACCCACCUCGACCGCCUCUGUGAUGAGUUUGUGGGCAUUUGCAUAGAGCGGAGAUUUAAUUGGGGUUCUGCUUUGAGGCACAACUGCAAGACGGUUACAUAUGCUUUUGGACAGGUUGCUUCUACUGGCGACUACAAGAGAAGUGGAUGCCACCUGCCAACUCUUCGGGGUCCAGAGCCAUUGCGAAGUGCUAAGUUUGGCCUCUACUCUGGGCGGGUACUCUCAUUAGCCAACUUAAAUGGCAGCUUGGUUAUAGUUGACAAUGAUGCUGGUGUCUCUUUCGACCUAUGGUUUCUAGUGGAUCACAAGAGAGGUCUUUGGGUUAAAAAGUACAGAUUAAGUAUGAAGCACCUUGGUUACCUUGUAUAUCCUUUACUGAUAUUAGAUGAUGGGAGGAUAGUCAUUUUUGAAAUGGUUGAGCGAUUGUUAAAAUGCUAUGAUCCAACAACCGACAAUUUAGCAGAUGUGUUGGAUAUCAGGGCAAUGGGACUUGCAGAAUCUCAAAGCAUUGGCGUUUACACAGGAAGCCUGUUGAUCUAG